AUGUCAACCUUGAAGAUUUCAAAGCUGAGAGAGGUUGAUGAUUCUACUGAUAGAUGGAGGAUUGUGGCUCGUGUCAUUAGAAGAUGGAAUGUGUUUAACAAGGAUGCUCCUGAUGAGGUCUUCUGUAUUUCAAUGUUGCUGGUUGAUGAGGAGGGAACAAGAAUCCAAGCAUCGGUCAUGAACAAGAGUGUGUUUGAUCUUUAUGAAGACAGGCCUUUGGAGGGAAGGAUCUACUUCAUUGCUAAUUUCUCUGUGUCAGCCAACUCAAAGGAGUAUAGGGCUACCAACCAUCCCUAUAAGAUUACCCUUGGUGCGCUGACAUAUAUCCAGGAAAAAAAUGCACCAAUUCCUGAAUAUUCGUAUAACUUUUUCCCUAUAGCUGAAAUCUUGGAGGUGGAACCAAAAAACAACAUUGACUAUCUGAUUGAUGUCAUUGGCUUUGUCACCUCUAUCAGUGCCCUGGAAGAAUAUCGCGUGAACCAUGAAGUCAAGAAUAGAGUGCGGCUGACUUUAUCUGACAACUUGGAAAACUCAGUUUCAUGUGUAUUGUUUGAUGAAUGUGCAACUGAGGUCUGUAUGACUGACUUUACAAGGCUGGAAGCUCCCAUAGUAAUCCUCAUUCAGCUAGGGAGAAUUGGAUUUGAUGAGGACGGGAAGCCCGAAGUCUGCAGCUCUUUUCAUGCGACUAAGAGGAAGCUGAUGCAAGAAACAUAUGGUUGUGACAGUGCAAAGACAUUGCCUUCACCAACAAUCAGCACGAUCUCUGCAGGCGCUCCAUCUCAGGCCGUGAAUGCUUCUGAGAGAAGCUUGCUUGCUAAUCAUCCUUUGAUUUCAAUUUCUGAGAUAGAAAAUCGGGGUGUGGAGGACUUUUUCUUAAUUAAGUGCACGGUGCUGAAGGUUGACACCAGGCAUGGCUGGAAUUACCUUGGGUGUGCUAGGUGUGGCAGUAAGUCCAAGACUGAAUCCGGGAGGCUGAAGGUUCACUAUACAGUUGCUGAUGACUCAGGGAAGGCCACGGUGGUCUUCUUUGACAAGCUGGCCUUUCAAUUUCUGGGAAAAACUGCUAAUGAGAUGAAGUUGCAGCUAGAGAAAGAAGAUCGAGGGUACGAUUUUCCAGAUGAAUUGGACUGUUUGGUAGGGAAGAGGCUGCUAUUGAAGAUUAAGCUUAACAAGUACAACAUAGACUUCCCACACUCUAGCAUCUCAGUCUCUGCAUAUACUGAGAUUGUUAAUUUGAUGGAGGACUUUAAUAGGGCUGGGGAGACAACUGAGGAAGUUCCUGAAGAGGAAUCCAAUUAUGUUCAUGUGGAAGAAGAGACCCCUGAGGAUAGUGGUGUUGCUGAUUCACAACCAGUCAAUGAUGAGCAGAAGGGGGACGAUACUGAAGUGCUUGAUGUCAUGCCCAUAUCGCAGGCCUACCCUAUCGCAACUUAUAAAGGGAAGAGAAAGGUUACAGCAAGAAAGAGUGCUGGGUUAAAGAGGAAAUCACUGGAGGAGCUGAAGGACCCUCAGGAGAACGUUGAAUGGAGGCCUGUUAAGAUCAUUAAACAGGAGAAGCCUUGA